AUGCCUAAGGAAAAGUCCACCCGUCAGACCAAGGGUCGCCGUGUUGAGAAGAAGAAGAAGGAUCCCAACGCCCCCAAGCGUGGACUUUCUGCCUACAUGUUUUUUGCCAACGAGCAGCGCGAGAAUGUGCGCGAAGAAAACCCUGGCAUUACGUUCGGCCAGGUUGGCAAGCUCCUCGGUGAGCGCUGGAAGGCAUUGAGCGACAAGCAGCGCGCUCCCUAUGAGGAGAAAGCUGCUGCCGACAAGAAGCGCUAUGAAGACGAGAAGGCCAGCUACAAUGCCCAAGAGGAGGAAGAGGAAUCCACCUAG